UUGCUCUGUUUCUCCAUCUCAUCUCAUCUAAUAAAUUUCCGCUAGCCAUGUCUCCUCCCCACCACCCCUGCGCCCACAAGGUCCUCAAGGACAAGGUCGACUCAAUCAAGGCUGGCGAUGCCGAGGCAGCCGUCAUCGAACUCCUGGGAGAGCCGACUUCGCGCACGACCGAGGGUGAGAUCACUACGCUCGCCUGGAAGUGCCCGGGCCACGAGGCUAGCCACAUCUGCGUCGACCUGAAGGAGGGCGCUGUUACCGAGGCUCGCUGGUCUGCCUAAGGC